AUGAGAACUGGGUAUAUUCCAACUGGGCUGGAGAACAGAGGAACAUUGCGUCGUCGAAAUGAAGAUGUUGGAAACCGAGUCCAGUACAUCAAUAUUGAAUCUGAUGCCGAUCCAUCAGACUCUUACUACGGAAUGAAUGCAGAUGGAGUAGUGGGCGACAGUUUCUUCGAAUCUCGUGACGGCAAGGAGUUGUAUGAAGUGAGGAAAGUUGAUUUACAUCAUUCGUGUUCUGUCGAUGGUCGGGCUGGGUACCAAUCACAAGCAACACAUGCAGUAAUUGGUGGGAUGAUGAAAUCAAAGUUUGCAGGCAGAGGCGGAGGUCCCAAACCAACCGAAAUUAUGCAAGCAAUGAGAGGAGAGCACGAUGUUCCUAUUUCAUAUGGGAAAGCAUGGAGAUCAAGAGAAGUGGCGUUAGAUUAUGCAAAGGGUUCGGCCGGAGCUUCAUACAACCUUCUCCCUUCUUACUUAGAGAAGCUAGUCGCGGCAAAUCCUGGUACAAUUGCGGAGGUCCACACUGAAUCCACUGGGGGCAUUGACGACAGGUUCAAGUACAUGUUCUUAGCGUUAGCUGCAAGCAUCGCGGGUUUCAAAUAUAUGCGAAGAGUGAUUGUAGUUGAUGGUACACAUUUGAAGGGCAAAUACGCGGGGUGUUUGUUGACAGCAUCCGCUCAAGAUGGAAACUAUCAAGUGUUUCCAUUGGCUGUUGCGGUGGUAGAUGGGGAAAAUGAUAAAGCGUGGGAAUGGUUUUUUAAUAAGCUGACUCAGUUUAUUCCCAACGAAGAAGAUGUAGUUUUUGUGUCUGAUAGGCAUCCCUCUAUAUACUACGGACUCGCAAAGGUUUACCCGUGCAGUCGACAUUGUGCACGCAUUCUACAUUUGAAAAGAAACAUUCAAACCUAUUUCAAGGAUAAACACUUGGGUUUCCUCGUUGGGAAAGCUGCAAGGGCGUUUCGAGUGUGUGAAUUCUACUCUGCCUUCAAUGAGAUAGAACGAGUUAACGCCUCAUGUGCAGAAUAUCUGACGGGAAUAGGCUUCGAUCACUGGGCAAGAGCACACUUCAAAGGAGAUUGUUACACAUCAUGA